AUGUUUCCCACAUACUUACCACCGGCCAAAUUGUCUCCAAUGCCAGAAGUCGAGGGACCUAAGAUCCAGCCAUUUGUCUUUGACAUUGACAAUGACAUCGGGCUCCUGGACCCUAUUGCAGCUGAAGGGGACGAUGAAGAGGAUCUUUAUCAUCAUUACGAGUUCUUCAGUGCUGAAUGCCGUGCCUUUGGCCGCCUGAAAGAGGCUGGCCGUGAGGAUCUGGCUGUCAAGUGCCACGGCUACUUUCUCCUCAAGGAAGAGCAUGAGAAGAUGAUUGAGGAGAAGUACAAAAUCGUUCCAGCCGACUGGGAUAUCGAGGAUGGGCGCAAGGAUGCCACUAGCAAGGAUGGCCUGUACCGACCUAUUCGCGCCAUCGUCAAGGACUUCAUCCCUGGUGGCGUGGACUUUCACCCACGACAGAUACCUCAAAUGCUUCACAACCUCAUCAGCCUCCAGAAUCUCGGUAUUACUGCUGGGGACCUGAGAUCAAACCAAUACGUCAACGGAAUCCUUGUGGAUUUGAGCCACUCCAGGACCACCCCGCAUCCGACCCUCACGCCUGGAAUGGUGCCAGACGACUGGAAUGAGGAGGAAGGCCAGACGCAGGGCUUGAUAUGGCACCGUGCCCUUCUUAGCUGGCAGUACUCAAAGAGGCUCAGAAGCGACAAGACUGCUGCCCCAAAGAGCCGACACGACUUGGAGGGUCGGGUUAGCCGGUGUGACCCAAGAGUGUAUGACUGGAAGGCGAGCAAGGCUGGGGGGGUGCGCAAGCCAAAACGCUGCACCUGAUGGGAAUUUAGGGGCCUGGAAUUCGACGGUCCAGAGACAGUCUAACCCUUUGGGUGUGAAGGAUGGCCCUUUUCUUCUUCUCACUUGCUCACACACACCCCCAGCCUCCAGCCUCCAGCCUGCCUCCAGCCCCCAGCCCCAAUUUUCUUUUGUAGUUGCUUAACCCCGAGUCAGCUGUAUUGCAUAAUUAACACCAACCUUAACUCAACACCCAUUCUUUCAAUCUUGAUCCCCUGAAUUUGCCUAGAAACGCCUUGCGCCCACAU